AUGUCUUACGCGUUAGAAGCAAAGAAGCGCAAAUUCACCAGAGUACUGGAAUCACUAUCAAAACCCUUGGCGACUAGUGAUGGCGGAGCAAAGCCCAUCAAAGAUCCUUUAAUGGCUGCCCGAGAGCGUUUAGCGGAUGCGACAACUUCACCUUCGAUCAAGAGAGUUCGUGUUGGGGAAGGCAUCGUCGACAAUCUCACAACCAAGACAACCGUUUCUCGUAUUCUGCGAACUACUUCCAGCUCUACAAAUCUUCGUCCAAACUUUGUACCUUGGGACCGUGAACGGUUUCUUGAGAGGCUAGAAACGUUUCGACCCGUGACUCGAUGGACUUCGCAACCGGCUCCGAUAAAUGAGGUCGAAUGGGCGAAACGUGGUUGGACAUGUACUGACUAUAUGCGCGUGGCAUGUGUUGGCGGCUGUGGUGCUUCAAUAGUCGUGAAGCUACCUGAGGAGGUUGACGACUUUGAAGAUUUGGACAGUGAGAAAGUGCAGGAAAGGAAAGAAGUUCGGCAGAAAGUAGUCGAGGAGUAUCGAAAGUUAUUAUCCGACGGGCACAAGGAGACUUGUUUAUGGAGGAACAAGUCAUGCGAUGCGACCAUUCAUCGUUUGCCUAUAACAAACACAGAUACCGCAAUCAAUGCUUUACGAGAGCGCUACUUGAAGAUAUCAAAAAUGCGAGACCAGCUGCCGUCGAACGAGACGAUCGAGUUACCUGAACAACUGUCUUUGGAGGAGAUCAUAAGCCAACUGCCGCCAAAUUUCCCCGAAUCAGAGAAAGGAGAAUCCUCUCAAGAAACUAAUACAUCAGGCAAGGAAAUCGACUAUAGAUCGUUUACGUUCGCAUUCUUCGGCUGGGACGUCGUCAAAGAUGGCUCUAGCGGGUUGCUUGAAUGCCGUGCUUGCUUCAGACGUUUAGGUCUAUGGUUGUACAAACCAAAGGAAGAAGGGAAAGAGCCUGUCUAUGACAAGUUGCCAGUGCAUACCGAGCAUAUGGAUUACUGUCCGUGGAUUAACGGAACGGCGCAAAGUGGUACUGGUACUACUACGGACAAGCCAGAAAAUUUGCUAGGUGGUUGGCAAAUUCUAGCUCAAGGCAUUCGCACAAAGCAUCGCCGACGAACAAAGGCAGCAACAACUUCAAGUGAGAGCCUGGCAGUGGAUUCUGAUAAUUUGUCUUUGGACUCGACGGCUACAGACGAAGCGACUCAGAGGGCUAAGGAUAGGGAGUGGUGGUCAAAGUUACGGCGGGUUCGAGAAGCUUUGCAUGUAAAAGGCCCGAGGAAGAGCGUCUCUGGGGAGAAAUAAUCUGCAUUGUACUCACGAUUUUCUGACGUUUGAGCAUGGCGUUGGGGCUAUCUGUGACGGCAUUUAGGACUAGCACUAUCAUACAUACCAUCUAUUCAAGCGAG